ACAUUGUAAGCUUAAAUACUGCAUCAAUGGCCGGUACCGACACUACCGUUACACUGACAGACAGCUGGACAGCUUGUGCUUGGAGCGGGAUUUCCAGGGAGGGUGAUUUCUCGCGACGUCUCGGGACAUAUGCUGCGUGGACGGGAAGAAAAGACAGGGACACCUUGGCGAAAGCAGGCUUCAUCUACACAGUAUGAUCGUACGGAUGCGAUGUCUACCAAGCUUGAUGUACGAGACCGCUGUCCCUUCCCCAGACGCACCCCAGACGAGAGUAGGGGAAGAAGGGUACGCAGCGGAUCACACCCCUACAGUAUCGGUGACAAGGUGGAGUGUGAACGCUGUGGUCUGAAGCUCCUCAACUGGACGGACACAGAUGACGCCCUACACGAACACGCCACCAGGAGGACUCACUGCCCCUUCAUCGUCUCCUUGUACCGGAAGCUGGGACAGACUCCGCCCCCAAAACAUCCCCAGUACCAACAUUUGCGGGCACGUCUAGACUCCUUCGUUGAUUGGCCGAGAAGAUAUGUGCCCAAAACUCCCGAGGAGUUGGCAGCAGCUGGCUUCUUUUACAUCGGGUCAGCUGACCGGGUCACGUGUUUCCAGUGUGGGAUAACUCUGAGAGACUGGGAGGAAGAACAUGAUCCUGUGGUCGAACAUCAGAGAUACUCGGAACACUGUCAGUUCAUCAACAAGACAGACCUGAACCAACUCGGAGUUGCUACGAGGACAGUUGAAGGAGAGAAGACCGAACAAUCUGAAGGUUCUCUGACAAAUGACGCGGGCAGACAGAACCCUUGUGAACCAUCUGGUGCAUGCCAAGAAGCCACUGGUGCUACAAACCACAUACAGGAUACGACAUCUACUGGUGCAUCUAACCAAAGACGAGUACCUGAAAAAGCUAAUAACCUAACAAGUCAGACAACGGAAAAAAGCGUGACCCUUCCUUUACUGUGGGCUGCAACAACGCCAUCUACACAGGCUGACAGAACGUACACUUCAGGAGACAAUGUUCCAUCUUCAAAACAAGGGGCAAGAAAGAAAAACACUCCUUCCACUCUUACAACUCUAACUUCUUCGGAUACAAAACUAGCCACAACAUCGUCGACUUCCCGCACUGAUCCUCCAAUGAGACCCUCGUCUCGGCGGUUGGCGGAGGAGAACAAGCUUCUGAAACAGAGACGCACGUGCAGGGUAUGCGAGAAGGAGAUUGUCAGUGAACUGUUCCUUCCCUGUGGCCAUCUGGUCACGUGCUCUGCUUGCGCACCUAAAGUGAAUGAAUGCAUCGUGUGCAAGAAAACAAUACUUGGGACGGUGACGGUGUUCAUCACGUAGCACAGGUUGUAAACUACAAUGAUUCCAUGACAAUAUGUAUUUGGGUAUCUGGACGAUCUUUAUUAAGGUGUGGAUGUGGUGCUUCUUACUUCAGGGAGCAUGUCAUACAAGUGUGUAUGCAUGUUUGCCCUGGGUGUUUGGAUCAUGCGAUAAUCAGGUUUAUUCAGAUAUGAUCAUCUACCUACGUGGACUUGCUGUAGUUUACAUGAAGCGCUUCUAUUUAUUUUUUUGCACAACGAAAAAUAUAUUUCUCAAAUACAUUAAGAUGGUGAUUCUUUUCAUUUGAAUCUGUGCUUUGUCAUAACGUCAGAAAACGUAUUUCUAAUCAGUUUACUCAAAUAUAUGGUUGGUAUAUAUAUCUUGUUACAAAUAAGGAUUGAAAUACAAAUAUCUCGAUGUAGAAAAGUUUAUUAUCAGUAUUGAGCAUGACGCUCUAUGUAAUGCUGUAAUUAACUUUCACCUUUGUUCAAUGGUAGUAAUUCCUCUCAGGAGCCAUGUAUUGCAUGUAUUGCUUAAAUUGUAUGUUUUCAUCAAAUAAAUCAUGCUGAUCAA